GCGAUAGCCAUUCCACACACAAGUCAUCAUGUUCCUCUCUCGCGCAGCCAAGCGGGCCUGCUGUCUGGACUCGCGCCUUCUGCCGCCGACCUUCUUGCUCCCCUUCACAGCGCAAUUGAGCAGCGUCUCACACACUACCGACGCAUCAAACACUCCCGAAGUGCUACUCAACUCUUCCGCCGCAAAAGUCGAUACUCCCCCCAAGUCGACAACUACCACAUCCGCUUCUCCUGCAGCCAGCAAUGCUCCAGCAUCAGCACCCAAGCUACCCACACCGUCUCAAUCGCCCCCAGCCUUGAGCGAUUCCGUCCGCGAACUAUUGCCCGUCCUCCGCGCUCAAGGUCCUCACUACAUCACCGCACACAUCUAUGACCGCCCCUACCUCCUCACCGAGGGCGAUACCCUCCGCGUACCUUUUCUCAUGCACGGCGUCCAACCCGGCGACAUCUUGCGCUUGACCCACGCCUCAUCACUCGGCUCACGGGACCUGACUCUCAAGGCCGGCGCCCAACCUGGCUCUUCUCGCUCACCCACCGCCUCCACCAUCUCUGUCGUUGACCCCACACCCGGCAGUGUUUUGACCAGCGAGGGUAGAAAGAUGCCCGAGGGAGGCCACUUUGUGCCGCACUUGGCAAAGGGCAAGCAUAUCUACAUCGACGACAGGCUGUUUGUGUGCAGAGCCACUGUCAUGGGCACCGAGGCUGAGCCCAUGCGUAUCAAGGAGAAGACAAAGCGUAGACAAAGGAGGGUCAAGACUGUCAAGAGCAAGCACCGAUUUACUGUUCUCAAGAUCAAGGAGCUCAGGAUAAAGGGGCUGGACGAGGUUGAGAGUGGUGUCGAUGCUUAGGUUAUUGUUGUUGGACAUGUGAGUUUAUGACAAGGGAACACCUGGGUUUGGGUUGGACUGAUGUCGCCCAGAAUUUGGCCAGGGAUCAGCAACCAGGCCGUUCUGUAAAUCACCAAAUUUGUACAAGAUAUAUUUCUUCUUCC